ACAACGAUGACCCCUCCUGGGUUGGAGGGGUCACUCACAGUGCCAGAACCCCUCGCAACUUGGCAGCCAGCAGUAUUCCCACGCCCGCCACUGGCUCCAGAGGCGCUUUCAUCUGCAAGUCGAUCCCCAUGCACAGCUGCUCGUCCAUCACGACGGGUCGGUCUUUGGCUCCGCGAGCCAAUCAUCCCGUCUCCGUUCCUGACGCUUGACCUAAAUGGCUUGUUGGUUCCCGGUCUGUGGUGUUCUACCCCUGAAUCGCGGCAGGCAAACGGGAACAAGGCAUUAAUUGACCAAGAUUUAAGACAUGCAGCCUAUCGAGAAGUCACAAAAGCUAUUCGAUAUAUUAUCCAAUAUCACCGGAACUGACGCUGGAGUUUCACGCCGACAAUGCCGGCCGUACGCCACGAUUGCGAAUGAUAUUACGACGUUGUGUAUUGUUGGCGGCUGGAGGCACAUAGUUGGACUUGUCAGAUCUCACAUUUCCGACAGUCCCCUGUGUUCUGAUCGUCGGGACGAGCCAU